AUGGAUGAUAUUAAGAAUGAUUCAACGAAGAAUGCCCUGACAGCUUUUUGUGAAGAACCCGGGUUACAGGAAAAUCACUAUAAUCCCAAUCUACUAGGCUCUAUUGUUGAUCUAGAAGAGGACUUGACAAUGAACGACGAUGUGUCCGAUUAUUCACAUCAAAAUGAUCCUUUAAAGACUUUUAAUGAGGAGUCAAUUCCGGCUGUUGUUGUGACUAAUCCUGUUGAAGCGUGUCUAAGCGAUAUUUUGUUGCGCCUUCGUGAAUGUUUUAUCUACUUCGAUGGCACUACUAAGUCAUUCCGCAAAUGUUCAGGAGCUUCACUGGAAUCUGCCAUAGCAGAGCAACCCGAUGGUGCUGAAGGGUUUUCAUUUGAAUGGUUUGGAAUUGCUUUGUCAAUCGUUCGUGAUGUGUUGAAACAAGAAUUCAGAAAGAAAAGGGAACUGAGCACCUUGAGGCCUCUUCCUAUCACAAUUCAUGCAGCACGCCUGAAUUUUAUAUCCGGAUUGGAACUCAUUACUUCUCAUGUCACAAGGGACUGGUUGCGCCUUUGCCAUCCCCCAAGCCCCCGUGAUAGUUUACCGCAGAUUAAAUUAAUCAGCAAGAAGAUACUUGACAAUUGGGUGGCAUCGCAUCAAUUGCCAGAUUCCAUGAGUUCAAGGUAUUCUAGUGCGGUAUCAGAGACACCGAUCGAUUCGCUCCAGGACUUGGAAAUCCUCCUGAUAGCCGAUGCAGGCGUAUGGAUAGCUUCUUUCUUUCCUCUUUUUCAUUCUCUAUCACAAAACGCGUAUAAUUUCGUCAAUCCCAUUUGGUUUGACAAGCGUAUCGAUCAGUUCGAUCCAGAAGAAUUCUCCAAUCAGAUAUACAUCUUGUGCAUGCAAAGGAGUCUCUUGAAAAAUAAGGCUGGACUGUUUCGGGGCGUCGUAGUCCUAAAGUCGUGGCUGACUGGACUUCUUGAUUGGCUAAUGCGGCUUUUGCUGCACAAUGGAGAGGAGCGGGACAUGUCUUUGAUUCCAGGCCCGAUCGACACAUUUCCCUGUAUGAAAGUAGACUCUCACAAUCCCUCUAAACACUGGCUUCUCCCAGAGGUGAAAAAUUCAGUUGAUGUCAUUCCAGAGCGCCUUUUCUGCCUCUUAUCGCAGUUAUUUGGAUGUGGAAUCAAGUAUACUACCUAUGGCGAUUUCACUUUAAGGGAUCAGUUUAUUCGCGCACUGAAGCCUAUAGACUUGAGAAUUGAGGUUUCUUUUUGCUGGUUCCAGACUGUAGAUGAUAUUUUGGAGGAGAAAAAUGUGCACGUUUUUGUGGAAAAUGCCUUGUAUCGUACAGACAUAACAGAGGUCAUCCGUUUAGCGUACCAAAUUUUAAAGAAAGAGGACGCAAUGUCGGCUGUUCAGUUACAGUUGUGGGCUGCUGCUACGAACGGACCUACUUCACUGAUUGUUAGGGCUAAACAUCUAAAUUCCGAGUUCUUAAUGCCUCCAUUGGAUAUAGAAUUCUAUGCACAUGGCCUUACCAUGUCGUCUCUGAUCAAAACUAUGGUUGAACAACUAGGAGAACAUCUGAAGUUUGAGCCUCAACAGGAGCUGAGUAUUGGUAUUGAAUUGCAACUGCGAACUACCAAGAUUGGACAUGAGAAAAACAUUUCAUCUGUUGUGACUCUCCAAACUGUCAAGCGAUGUGGCUUGUGCGGCCUUACAAAUGUCGGUAACACCUGCUAUAUGAAUAGUGCACUGCAGUGCCUAUCAAAUAUUCCCCAUUUUCGGGACCAAAUACUUUACUUUCCAGUGUCGCACUACACGAAUGCCCCAUUGACAUCGAGUGUGGUGGAUCUGCUAGCUGAAAUGUGGAGUGGUCAUAGUGAAUAUGUCAACACAGCGACCUUGUAUAGUUUCAUUGGUCAAAAGGUGAAGCGAUUCACCGGGCAUCAGCAGCAGGAUGCUUGCGAAUUUGUUGAGGUUCUCCUUGAUCGAAUGCAAGAGGAGCUUAACGAUGUGUCAGAAAGGUGUUACCGUGAGCGUCUUGACACAGACAAAAACAUCCCGCUCAUUCAGCUUUCAGAGAUUUUUUGGAAUAACUUUUUAGAUAACAAUACUAGUUUUAUAUCCAAAGACUUUUUCCAUCAAUCAAAAACAGUGUUUACGUGCUUAACAUGUGAGGAAACAAGUGUAGUUUUCGAUAACAAUAUUACAUUGUCUCUUAGCAUUCGUGAAACUAAAACUCAGAAUGCUAUCGUUGUGGUCCAGAAGCCUCCUUUUGGCGUAUCAGGGGACAAUGCAAAGGGGUACUCAACGGGAUCAAUGCUAGCUAACUUAGAAGAUCAGGUGGUUUGCAUAUCUAUUGAUGUGCAUAUAAUGAAUGACGAAAGUGGUGUAACUUCGGAGAUGAAGCUCAAAAAAGCGAUUCGAAAUGCGCUUUGUGACUGCCUGGAACUAAAGAAAAAAAUAGCAUCGAAUCUUCCGACAGACGUAGACCCUACUGAAGAACCUGUUGAGUUUGAUUAUCAUGUUGAAAUUUUAGAUGUGCCUACGAAGGGUUUUGGCAAGGUAUAUGCGUGGGCUCGAUGUGUAAUGCGUGGAACUGUGGAGUGCAGCAGCAGAGUUGGCUUUGCAGAUAUCAAGCAUAAAGAGGAAACCAAUCUUGAGUCUUUUUCACGCUCUGGUGGGUAUAGAAUAUGGUACUUCCUAAAGUGCGAUGAUGGUGAUUCUCUAACUGCACAUGACACACCAAUCUAUGUUGAAGAGCUCCCCCUUUCAUUUCCUUGCACCGAAGAUUCCUUUUCUUCCAAAACCGAUGCAGCAGGUGGAUGGGAGGGAAAUGAGGGGGUAUAUCUUGCACAAGAGGGUAGUCUGAGUUCGUCUAGGCCCGCCCCAGCACCGUUCUCGAAUCACAUUCUUAGUCUAAGCAGGAAUAUUGCUCAAAGUUUUCUUGUGCCGUGUUCUGGAGAGCCCAAAGGCUUUUUUGCCCCUCCAGCUUCCAUGUCCGAUGAUCAUGAUGAUGCUUCAGUAUUUUUCCCAUUGGAAAGCCAUGCUAAAGAGCAUGACACUGUUCCAUUAAAAGUCAUGCACUGUCUGUCAGGGAAGAGUUUACUUAUUGAUAUAAAUGAAUGUUCGAAAACUGACGGGGACGAUUGGCUAGAAGGGCUUCGUACAUAUGAUGCAGUAAAAGUCAAGAGAAGGAAAAAGCACAAGUCAGGGGCAAGUACUCAUGGUGGGCUCGCUUGUGUAGACAAGAUAACCAAUGUUUCGAUAUUUUUGUGCUUCAAGAGUGAUUGCUUCCGUGUCAAAGUACCACGGAUGAUAAUGAGAUCUAACUCAGAACGUUCUCACAGUGCAUAUCUUAGAUUACCUAAUCGUGAGGAGAACGGUGACUCCGAUCCCAUGUGCACGCUCUACGACUGCCUUGAGCAAUCUAUGAUACCGGACACACUGACUGAUGACAACUCCUGGUACUGCCCGCACUGUAAGGAUUUUCGCGAGGCGCGGCUGCAAAGAAAUGUCUUCCGUGUCCCUCCGUGCUUGAUUAUAUCCUUCAAAGCAUUAAAGAUGAUAAAUACAUAUCAUGCGGAUAAAAACACUACACCCGUUGAUUUUCCCUUACAAUUUGAUUUCUCGCCGUACCUGGAUGUGGAGUCUGCAUUGCUUACUCAGGAUACAGUAUAUCGCCUACGCGGCGUAGUGUAUCACAGUGGUUCGCUCAACUUUGGACAUUACACUGCGUACGCUUUCAAUGAUAACAUAAACAAGUGGGUGUAUUUUGAUGAUUCCCGCUCUUACGUUAUGGAUCUAGACAAGCCACCAUCCUUUGGAGCCUAUAUGUUGUUUUAUGAGCGUAUAAGCCAUGCAAAGUCUUAA